AGCUCCAAUCUGCUCGCUGGAGGUUCGCUGCUGCCAGCGCUGGGGCCAGGGCUGGGGAAGAAGGAGUUAAAGGUUUGUGUUGGAAGAGCAACCCAGCUGCCUGCGGAGCCUUAGAUCCCACUCCUUCACCAGCGUUUGAUGACUAUGGAAAAGGCAGCUCCAAAUUCAAACGCUGCUUUCUAGACCGAGGACAGAAUUACACCCAACUACCCUGAUUCACUCUCUCCGAGGAAACCAGGAGGAGCUGUCUUUGGGGCUGGACAGGCUGAGCCCUCUCGCAGCCCAAGCAACAUCUCCACCGGCUGUGAGUCCUGCAGGCGACCGAGCGGCACUUCCCUCCAAAAUGAUGGAAAACACAGUCUUUAUGUCAUUUACAUUCUACAGCACAAUCCUGAUUUUAAAAAUGUAUGUGGUUGCUAUCAUUACGGGACAAGUGAGACUCAGAAAGAAGGCGUUUGCAAACCCAGAGGACGCGCUGCGGAAUGGGGGGCUGCAGUACUACCGUGAGGACCCCGAUGUGGAGCGGUGCCGCAGGGCCCACCGCAACGACAUGGAGAACAUCUUCCCCUUCCUCUUCCUUGGAGCUGUCUACUCCCUGCUGGAUCCCAGUCCUGCGGUGGCCAGGAUCCACUUCUUCAUCUUCUGUGCGGGGCGAAUCGUCCACACCAUCGCCUACCUCCUGCGGCUGAAGGCACCCACACGCUCAGUGGCCUACAGUGUGGCACAGCUGCCCUGCUUCUCCAUGGCACUGCAGAUUCUCCUGGCCACCACCCCAUACUGGUAACACCCAAUGAAACCGGCCUUCCAAACCCCCUCGUGCUGUGCUCUGCCCGUUUCCCAGCUGGACCAGGUGAUCUGUGUGUGCAGGCACUUGGUAGGUUGCCAGGGAGGCCACCUGCACCCCAGGGAUGCUCAGUGCAGCCUUGGUAAAGUCCCUGUGCUAUUGAAAUCAAGCAAGGAAGUCACCAAAAAGAAGGGACAUGUCUCCCCAUGGAGUACGGAAGGGAUGGGGAGGCAGGUUUCUCUUGCUUCAGCUAAGGAUGGGAAGGGGAAAGCACCCGGACUGCCCCUUGAGGAAGGGGUUCAUUGAAGGAAAGAACAUUUUCUGGCCCAAGUGCAUUCAGAACUGGGAAGAGGAAGAUGUGCCCUUUCCCCUUGGUCAUUCACCCUGUGAAUCAGGAAGAGAAAGCCACGAGGGCUCCAUGGAAUCUCUUGGUCAUCAGGGGUGGGUGGUCACAGAGGGAGGUAUAAAACAGCCAGCCUCCUCCUGCCUGGCCGUGUGGGUCUGUGGAGAGGGGAGGGUCCCUUAGUUUCCCUCUCCCCACGAGGAGGAGGACAGGAGGCAGGUGCCUGCUGGGCAGCGUGAUGUGGAAGUGAAAAUCUCAAGGGUGAUGCUGCAAAGCCACUGAUGUGGCUCAGCGCUGCCAGCACCGCCUCAUCUCACACCACACAACACAGCUCCUUGCUGGGGAGCCUCACUGCAGGCAGGAGCUGGUCUGUCCCAGCUGGUCUGUCCCAGCAAGGACACGGCUUGGCCAGUAUUCGGCACCUCCCAGCCAGCAGCAGCUGUGGCUUUUCCAUCUCAGUCGCGCUGUGGCAAGAUGCAGAGGGAUGUGACUGGAGCAGCCGUCAGGAAUCGCUUACCUUGUGCAGAGCCGGACACAAAGCUCUGGGACUUCUGGAAAGACUGAGAUGCUCACACAAAACAGAGGGUUUGCUGUUUGCAGACAGAGCUUUCUCCCAAGGGCGGUAUCUGCGUUCAUAUGCUGCUGAUGCCUAAAAACAUUCCCAGGGCAGCAGAGCAAAUUUCUCUUGCUCUGUUUGUAGCCUUUCUCCAGCCGCAGAACAGCCCAUUGCUAUUUGGGGAAUGUGCCGUGACCACUUUGGGGGUGUUUUCUUUCCUGCUCUCCACUGCUGCCAAGCCAUGCACAGCCUGGAUUAGCUGGUGUUUGCAGAAAGCUCUGGAAAUGAGCAGACUGGCUUUGAACCUCUUGGCAGGAGGAGGAUACCACUGCUCUGAAAGCCGUCGUGUUGGAGAUGAGAGGCUGGGACAAGGGUAUCACAGGAUGACAAACCCUCCUGAGCUCCUGUUGUGCAGCUGUCCCGAAGAACCAAGGGCUGGUCCAGGCAACAGCGGCAUGGGAUGGAGAACCGCUUUGGAGGACAAGGCAGGAAGAAGGCUCUGCUGUUCGGUGCCUCCUCCCUCCUUUAAAGACGACACAGGGGUUUGCUAAGAGCACAGGAGGAAACAAGAAUGAGCAGAAAAUAAAUUCCCCUUCCAUGUGUCCCAAGCACUAAAGCUGUUCCUUUAACUCUGCUGCUCUCAGAGGUGCUUUUACCUCACUGAGCACCUGUGUGCACAAAGCAUGAGGUGAGACAUCAGCAGAGACGGAUGCUCUGAGCCCGUGCCUGGCUUGGGUAGCAGCUUCUGUACCAGUAACUCUUGACCCCCGCCUUAGGCUAAGGUGUUUGGUGAGGUUUGGAGCGGAGUCUGCAGCUCUCCCAUGGGGGAUGCAGGGCCCACUGUAUAUGGAAAGUGAGCAGGACUGCAGGUUCUGCAGUUUGCUCCUGGCCAACAGAGCCUUAACAGAUGUCUGGCUAAUAAAUUCCCCUCUUAACAAGCCUUUUCGGCCUCACAUGGUGCAGGUCCCGAACUCCUGUACAUUUUGCUGCUGCUGCACAUGCAUCCUGGUGACAGGAAGCAAAUAUUCCCAAUAAAAACAAAUCAUUUUACUCUGAUACAUCCUUCCUUCGGGAGCAGCAGAUGCAGCUGGGUAGCAGCUGGCUCCAGCCCCAGCAGGACAGCUCUCCAGCUGUGAACGGCUUUGCUAAGCCCCACUGCAGAGCCUGGAGCGCCCCAGAACUGAAGAGAUGUCCCUUUCUUCUUGGCCCACCUGCCCUGCAGAGGAAGCUCUUUUCCAGGUGUGCAUUAUUUGUGCUAAUCCUUUAAAUUCAGCAGAGCUGGAGCUAAUGAAGUAGUUGUGCUGUUUUCCUGCCUAGAGUAGCAGGUUGCUACAAAGCUUGGUGUCCAUCUAUCCCUCCUCCAUCCCAGCUUACCCAAAGCAGUCUAGCGGUCUGAUAUGCUUUGUCCUCACAAGCUUGCUUCACACCCUGAUUGUUCUCAGCCAGGUGCUUCUUCCCCAAGUGGUCAAGUUUGCGCUUAAAUUCUGGAGGGCUGGAAAAGUUCAGGUAAGAUGUGGUUGCUCUCAUUUCUGUGGUUAUACCUUGCAAAGGAGCUACCUGUGUUUUUAAAGCUCAGCUUAGGUGUAGCUUGCUG